UAUGGCGUCGAAUGAAUAUUUUUUUGAUAGAGAAUCGACAUGGAAAGAGAUUGAUAGUAUCGUCGCAUCCCUCGGUUCUCUACAAUGCUCUCUAGAUCCUGCGGAUAAUUCUCUACUAUCUUGGCUCUCUUCUAUUGAUCUAUCUCAUCACUACGAACAAAUUCUUAUUACUAAUGGAUUUGAUCAUUUAGAUUUUAUGUGCCCGGAGUUUGUAGAUGAUGAUACACUGUUAGAAAUUGGUAUUCUUAAUUCAAACCAUCGGAAGAAAAUACUAAGAGCAGUAGCUAAUCGACCAAGUUUUCAAAUAAUUAAAAAUCCCGAGUCUGUUCAUGAUUGGCUUGACCUCUUAUCAUUAACCGAAUAUCUACCACUCUUUGAGAUGAAUGGUUUUAGCUCCCUGAGACCAGAGGUUGAAAUGUCUUCGCUUAACGGAACAACACAGUUGGAAAAUGGUCGCGAUAAGACGAAAGAAUGGGAAAGAAGGUACAAUUCAUUCCUUUCGGGUGGUUGCAAGUAUUUGAUACAAUAUCACGGGUCGAAAGAAAUCGGAGAAUUUACGGGUAAUUGCUCCAUAAAAGACAUUAUAUCUGCGAUCAAGGUAAAAAAAUUUUGUUCAAUGAGGUAUUAG